UGAAUUAAAAAAUGGGAAUUAGAGUAUUUGUGUUCACAAUAUUCCGGCAGUCCGUGAAGGCGGCAUUAAGCUGUCGUAAAACCAGAAGAUCCGGAAGUGCGGGUAUUCUUUUUGGUGAAGACGACAGUGGAAGCUGCUGGUUUGUUACUGAGAAAGGCACAAUGGAGGAGCCCCAACUCUUUGCAUCAGAUGGUUUUCUACCCUGCAGUGGAAUAAGAGGUGCAGAGUAUCUGACUCUGAUAUCAUAUAGAGGCCAAAACGUCAGCUUAUGUAGUCCAGUUCAGGCUAUACUGACCAUAGCACCCGUGGAGGACACAGAGUACAGGGACCGCCAUGCAGAGGUGAAAGGAUGGGGAAAGUUUUAUCUUCGCAUCCCAGUGGAGAUGCAGGUUAUCGGUUAUGUGAAGGGAACUCCGUACCCAUGUGACCAGCUUGUCUUGAUGACAUGUGAGGACAAAAAGGUGUACGGCUAUGACGGAGACGAGCUGCAUCUGGUGGCCUCCGACCUGAAUCAGAUGUUUGGUGAGGGAAUAGCAUAUCCUGCAUUAAAAAGCUAUUACCAUGGGGAGGCCUUCAAAGACAUGACCAAAGAGGACUGGGAGAAGGUGAAGCAGGGCCCUGUUGGGAAGAAGUUGGAUGAAGAGCAUCAUAAACUGGUGGCUUCUCACAAAUCUGCCCUCCUGGAGAAUAUCAGAAAAAGCAGACAGAAGCAGAGGUGUCAUCAGCAGUGCGUCAGCUUCCUCCCUGACAGCAAGCUGACUCAGUUGCAGAGAGGUGGAACGUGAUCAUAUUUUGCUCCAAGGGUUAAAAAAACCAGAGCACUUUGAGCCGUUUUGUUCCUGUCUGUGAUGUUUGUAUAUAUAAAUCAUGAGGUAGUACAUGUUAAAAAGGAUAUCCCUCAAGAUUCCUUGCAGGGUCCAUUAUUAUUCAAUAGAACACAAAAUGAACUUCUAGUUUGGAGGUUACCCUGAAUGUAAAUAAAACUAAAUGCAUGUUUUUUUUUUUCUCCCAAUCUUCAAGAUCACCACUCUGAAAAAUUAGAAAUUAUAUCUAUAUCUGACUUUUUUUUAUUAUUCAUGAUCGCUUGACUUUUAAGGAACAUGUUCGGUAUUUUUUUAAGAAAAAAGCAACUUUUAUUGGGAUUUUCUUACACAACCAGGUCUUGCCUUUUUUUUUUUUUUUUUGGUGGAAACAAGUUUUUACCUGUUAUUGACAAUGAUGAUGUGCUCAAUAUGAGUGCUUCUGUUCACUGAGAAUUAAUUCCAAUUCCUUCUGUUCACUGUCUCUGGCUGGGCGAUUCGCUGAGAUUCAUUUCCAAGUCUGGCUGCCUUACUCAUCACUAUACACUAUAUGCUAAAGUUAACUGGAUGUGCCUGUAUACCCAUUGUCUCAGUCAGGUAUUUAUUGGUUUACAAAUCAUUUUAGGCAUCAACCCCAUCUUACCUGUUUUGUCUUUUAACAAAGGCAAAUGGACCUGAUCAUUGGAUGUUCUGCAGUUGUUCCCAAAGUUCAAACUGAUGUAGACAAGAAAUCAUUCUGGUUUUCAGCUCCCGAUACGUUGAAUCAACUACAAACUAAUUACACUGAAUGAGUUUAAAAGGUUUUUAUGUAAAUUUAAUUUCUUUAUUGUUUUUAGUAAUGUAACCAUGCUGCGCCAUGCUUGGCCAGGUCUCCCCUGUAGAAGAGAUAUGUUAUUUCUAUGGAAUUAACUUGUUUAAAUAAAAUGAAUUGCAGAUUAACGCUGAUGUUGAAAAACUGUAAUAUAGCAUCAUGUGAGAGGUUGACAAUUGGUCUUUCCAGUUAAAACUCACACUGUAAAUUACUGUUGUAGAAAAAUUUGCAUCCAGAGAAGGAUGAUUGUCACUCAGAAUCAGCUUUAUUUUAUUCUUGCAAGAGAGGAUUUUACAGCAUUGGAGAUGCACUCAGUAGUGCUGCCAAAUCAUUCUGACCAGACAAAGUAAAAGUUCUCCUAUAAGCGACAACAGUUUUCAAGGUGACUCUCAUGAGACCUGUUGUCCUAGACAUAAUCUUAAUAGUGUGGCACACAUAUCUCACAGCUGCAAGCAGAAGGCUGAGAAACCAUUACUCUAAGACUAAAUAAGAGAAGAAUGGAACAACACUGAGGGGUUCUAAUACUUUUGUCAGUUCCUGUAGAGAAUCAAAGAGCAAAUCAAGCAAGGCACAAAAAUUUCCAUAACAUUACUUAACAUUUUAACAAAUUCUCUUGUUAUUAAAAUCUAAUCUUAAAAUGUU